AUGGCGGCGAGGAAUGCCUUUCUCGCCCUCCUGCUCCUGCCCUUGCUGAGCUCGCCGCUGCUGUCGCGCGCCCAGGAAUCGUCGUCCUUCCCCGUCAAUGUCUGGCCCAAGCCGACGUCCAUGUCGUGGGCAGAGCCUCUCAUGGCCAUGCCGGUGUCGUCGUCGUUCCGCAUCGUCGGGCCGUCCGGGAACAACCCGUACCUCGUCCUGGCCACGCAGCGCUACACCGCGCUGCUCUUCACCGAGCGGUACCGGCCCAUCGUCCGGCCGGCGGUGAAUGUCACCGCCGCGGGGGACUCGAUCCAUAGCCUGACUUUGGUCGUGUCCGACCUAUCCGCCCCGCUCCAGGACGGCGUGGACGAGUCCUACGUUCUGGAGAUCCUCCCCACGGGCGCGGCCACCGUCACGGCGGCCACGGCGUGGGGCGCCAUGCACGGGCUGGAGACCUUCUCACAGCUGUCGUGGAGGAGUGCCAGCGGGAAGCUGCUGGUGGCCGCCGGCGUGCGGGUGGAGGACCGGCCGCUGUACCAGCACCGUGGCCUGAUGCUCGACACCGGGAGGACGUACUUCCCCGUCCUGGACAUCCUAAGGACGAUCGACGCCAUGGCGUGGAACAAGAUGAACGUGUUCCACUGGCACAUCACCGACUCGCAGUCGUUCCCCAUCGAGCUGCCCUCCGAGCCGCGGCUAGCGGAGAUGGGAGCGUACGGCGAGGACAUGAGGUACACCGUCGAGGACGUGACGCGCAUCGUGGAGUUCGCCAUGAGCCGCGGCGUCCGCGUCGUGCCGGAGAUAGACGGGCCGGGUCACACGGCGUCGUGGGCCGGAGCGUACCCGGAGGCGGUGUCCUGCGCGGGCAAGUUUUGGCUGCCCGACGCAAACGACUGGGGCACCAGGCUGGCGGCCGAGCCAGGGUCCGGCCAGCUGAACCCGCUCAAGUCCAAGACGUACGAGGUGGUGGCCAACGUGAUCAACGACAUCACCACCCUCUUCCCGGACGGCUUCUACCACGCCGGCGCCGACGAGGUCACCCCGGGCUGCUGGCAGACGGACCCCUCCAUCCAGGCCGACAUCGACAACGGCGGCACCCUCAGCCAGCUCCUGGAGCGGUACGUCCGCGCGGCCGGGUACCGCGCCAUCGUCUCCUCCGCCACCUUCUACUACCUCGACUGCGGCCACGGGGACUUCGUCGGUAACAACAGCGUCUACGAUGAUCAGCGGAGCGACUACGACACCCAGGGAGGGUCAUGGUGCGGGCCCUUCAAGACCUGGCAGCGGGUCUACGACUACGACAUCGUCCACGGGCUCACCGCCCAGGAGGCCAAGCUCGUCAUCGGCGGCGAGGUGGCGCUCUGGACGGAGCAGGCCGACGCCACGGUCCUCGACGCCAGGCUCUGGCCACGCGCGUCCGCCAUGGCGGAGGCGCUCUGGUCCGGCAACCGCGACGCGGCCGGCGUUAAGCGCUACGCGGAGGCGACGGACAGGCUCAACGACUGGAGGCACCGCAUGGUGGGGAGAGGAGUCCGGGCGGAGCCCAUCCAGCCGCUCUGGUGCCGGACGCGCCCCGGAAUGUGCAACCUGGUUCGGUAA